AUGGCGGCGGGGGACGCGGAGCAAGUGCGGUACUGCGGGCGGCUCUCCUACCUCUGCCUCAAGCUCACCCUCAUCACCUACUCUACCACCUUCUGGGUAAUCGGAGCCCUUGUCCUCGCGGUUGGGAUUUAUGCAGAAGUUGAAAGACAGAAGUACAAAACUCUAGAAAGUGCCUUUCUAGCCCCAGCAAUUAUUUUAAUACUUUUGGGCAUUGUAAUGUUCCUUGUAUCUUUUGUGGGUGUGCUGGCUUCUUUAAGAGACAAUUUGUGCCUUCUUCAAGCAUUCAUGUACAUUCUCGGUAUCUGCUUGCUGAUUGAGCUGACUGGUGGAGUGGUGGCCCUGAUCUUCAGAAACCAGACAAUCAACUUUUUGAACGAUAAUAUAAGAAGAGGAAUUGAGAAUUACUACGAUGAUUUAGACUUCAAGAACAUCAUGGAUUCUGUUCAAAAGCGGUUUAAGUGCUGCGGUGGGGAAGAUUAUAAAGAUUGGUCACAAAACGCAUACCACAGCUGCGUGGCGCCGGGACCGCUGGCCUGCGGGGUGCCCUACACUUGCUGCAUCACAAAUAAGACAGACAUUAUCAACACUAUGUGUGGAUACAAAACCAUUGACAAAGAGCGCUUGAGUGUUCAGCAGGUUAUAUACGUCCGCGGGUGCACGAAUGCCGUGCUUAUUUGGUUUUUGGACAACUACAGAAUCAUGGCCGGCGUGCUGCUCGGCAUAUUGCUACCCCAGUUCCUGGGAGUGUUGUUAUCCUUGCUUUACAUAACUCGGGUGGAAGAUAUCAUCACCGAGCACAAGCUGAGCGAAAGAUUGUUUGAAGAAGCGCAGCAGAGAUCUGCCCCCGAGUUUGCUGGAGCCGGCUGCUGCAUGUGUUACCCGGGGUGA